GCAAUAACAAUAGAUGUCCGCCAUAUUGGUUGUGUGAGCGGAAGUUCUCUUCAUUCUGCGGUGGUUGGUGUGACGCACUUGAGUUGAUAGAUCACAUACAUACUGCUUUUUGAUCCAUGUGAAGCCUAAGAGUUGCAUUGCGACGAUCUUAGACGGAAGUUUUCAUGGUGGGCCGACAUCGAGAACAGGCGGUGAUGCUGGCUACUCUCGUCGCAUCUUGUAAACGGACCUGGAAUCCUAUUUGAUGCAAAGUUGUUUGUGAUUAUGAAGAAUGCUUUGGAAAAAAUAAGAUGACCACUGCUUGCGAGGAAAAAUCUACGGCGAAUUUUACUCGCGAAGUUGGAGACCAGUCUUCGGCACAUGGAGAAAAGUGUGCAGGGUGCAAAGGUAGAAUUAUGGACCGAUAUCUUGUAAAAGUCAGCGGGAAGGCUUGGCACACGGGCUGUCUGAAAUGCUGCAUGUGUGAACUAGAGCUCGGCAAGGAGGCCACUUGCUAUACCAAGGAAGACAAGAUUUACUGCAAAAGCGACUAUGCGAGGCAGUUCGGCACUAAAUGUGCCCGUUGCGGACGAAGUAUCCACGCGAAUGACUGGGUGAGACGCGCGCGGAGCAGCGUCUACCAUCUCGCGUGUUUCGCGUGUGACGCUUGCAAGCGACAACUUUCUACAGGCGAGGAGUUCGCGCUAAAAGAAGGACAUGUUCUUUGUAAAUUACACUACAUGGAGAGUUUGGAAGUUUUCCCUCCCGAUAACUCCUCACAAGACGUUGCUCUUUCUUACUGCACUCAAAGUGAUGGAGGGAUUGAAGACAUGGUACAAGACGCAGACAGUGAAGAUUCACCUUCCAGCGGCGGAAUUCUAAAAUGUCAUAAAACCAAACGAGUGCGAACCACAUUCACCGAGGAACAACUACAAAUCCUUCAAGCGAACUUCAACAUCGACUCUAAUCCGGACGGGCAGGACCUGGAACGAAUUGCUCAGCUGACUGGGCUCAGUAAAAGAGUAACGCAAGUUUGGUUUCAAAACUCGCGCGCGAGACAGAAAAAAUACGGCACACCUCUGUUCUCUUCCAGCCCGAGAACACCAAGUUCGGCCAGCUUUUGAUUCUCUCGGAGGCGAGAUUGCAGAUUUUAAGGAAUUCAAUUAGUCAUGCUAUCAGCAGUAAUCGCAGCAACCAGCUGGAUGCGUUUGUAAGGGAACAGUAGACAUCAAACAAAAAUGAAACGACGCCAUUUCCUUAGCUUCCAGCCUUUGUCACCUUGGAACUGUGUGUUUUCACAGUUGGAGAAGUUAUUUUGGAAAAAAGAAAAAAAUACUUUAAUCUAAUGGGUGACUGAGAAAACUGUGGUGGUUUCAGGAAUAUUACUUUUAAAAUCUCUUAUUUUCGAAGGAGAUAAUUUACUCGACUUAACAGCGUUUGAAUUUGGAAUUCAGACCAACUUUUAACCCUUUUUAAGGGAUACACAAGGGUAUGCUUAUUCACUAUAGUGUUCAUGUUUGUGGUAAGUUCUCCGACUGUCAAAACUACAUUAUUACUCGGGACAACAGUCAAAACAGUAAACAGGAAUCGCCAUGUAAACUUAUUACCCUCUCUGAGAAAAUUUUUCUAUUAGGGGAUCGAUCGUCAUUUAUCGCCGGGGUGAGGGGUGGGGAUUUUAGUUGUGUCGUAAUGAAAAUUACCUGAUCCCCCCUGCAGUAUUCUAAUGAGUCCCCCUAGUUGACAGUCAAUUUUCUACAGCAAACCCCUUUUUAUUCUGUUGUGAUUACUAAUUCCCCCGCCAUCCCCUCCUUAAAACCAUGUGUUCCCCCAACUCCUCCGAACCCUCUCCACCCCCCACCCCCCCGGCGAUAAAUAAUGGCUGUUCCCAGGCUGUUGUUGUUGCUAUCAUCAACCAGAACAGGACUGGUCCAUGUUCUCUCACAAGAAACUCCGCCAUUAAAAUGUUGUAAUAUAUUGGCAUAAAGGAAAAACAAAUAAUAUUUAACUUCUUAUACGAGAUAAGAGAAUGUGCAGUAUACAUGAGGUCGUAGCUGUGUAAAUUUUGUCCAUAGAAUAUGAACAUCCCUCCUAGUAGGGGCCAAAGCUGUUGCACUUGGUGCGUCUGCAAGUUGCUA